CUCACUCGCCCUCUCUCUCUCACUCCGUCCUAGUACUACUACACGUACCCUCCUCCGACGUACUCAACUAUGCGCGCGUUCACCAGGCAAAUUCCCCGCGCCUGCCCAACAAUCGCGCCCCGGGCGCGCUCCAUCCACUCCGCGUUCACAGUCCUGGGUAACGCGAACACGUACACCGCGCCGCCGCCCGGCCGGCCCGCCGUAUCCCCGCUCGAACAACACGGGCAACACAACUCGCCCCUCGACACCGUCUACGUCGUCUCGCGGCCCGAUCCCGCCGACGCGCCCUACGACGUCCCCCUCGGCGCCUUCCCCACCUCGGCGCCCUACGCCCACUUCACGCCCUCGGAAAAACCGGACGUCGUGCUCAAGGACGGGUACUCGUCCACGGCCGCGACGCCGCCCCACCCGACCCUCACCGCCGCCGCCCCGCAGAACGCCGCGGGCGUGGGCGAGUCCGCCGCCGUGCGCCACGCGACCGCGCCGGGGGAGCUCCACGAGCGCGGGGGGAGCCAUGGCGGGCUCGGCUUGAUGGACAAGAGCGGCACGAGCGCCGGCCAGGGCCAGCUCGCGGACAGGAAUCCGCCUCCCAUCCAAGACGUCGGUGAGAAGAUGGGCCGGCUUGGCGUGGACAACGCCUGGAAGGAGCGGAAGUGAGAGGAGCUCCGUUUCUUUUCUUUCGUAUCUCGCGCAGGCUUGUGGAGAAGGAGGUCUUGGUGGUUUCCGACGCGCAUAUAUGGUUGCAGGUACUCAUGAGUCGAGUUAUUGGUCGUCGCAUUGCAGCAGUCUCUUUUGCCCUUCUGUACAGUAUGUUAUCGUUAUGCUUGAACCUUAGACUUCGCUAGUGUCAUUGCAAUCAUCCGAUUUUGUUG